UCCCCGUCCCCUCUCCCGAACCGAUUCGGUUUGAGUGGUUUGUUUUGAUAUCGGAGUGAGAGCCGCUCCCCUUUUCCUUCCCGCCCCGCCAAGCCCUGUCUCCUGCCAAAGAUCGUCUUGGGAGGACUCGGCGCGAGGGCAUGAACGCGCCUCUUUGAACGGCCAGCAUGGAAGGAUCUAGCAGCGGCUCCAGUUUUGGAAUAGACACGAUUUUGUCUAAUCCCAGGUCCGGCAGCCCGGGCAUGAUGAACGGAGACUUUCGGGCGGCUCACAGCGAGGCCAGGGCGGCGGAUUUUCUCAGCCAGGCCACCCCGUCCCCUUGCUCGGAAAUAGACACGGUAGGGACAGCUCCCUCUUCGCCCAUCUCGGUCACGGCGGAGCAUCCGGACCAGCAUUUGGCGCAAGACUCUCUCCCUUCGCAGCAUCAUCAUCUUCAUCACGGCCAACAUCCGCAGCAGCAGCAGCAACAAAGUUUGCAGCAAUCGCCGCAACAGCCACAACAACAGCAACCGCACCAAUUAGGUUCGGGCAGCUCUGCCCCCAGGACUUCCACUUCUUCUUUUCUAAUUAAAGACAUUUUGGGAGACAGCAAACCUCUGGCGGCGUGUGCACCUUACACCACCAGCGUCUCCUCGCCCCAUCACACCCCGAAACAAGAGACCAACGCGGCGAACGAAAGCUUCAGGCCAAAACUCGAGCAAGACGACAGCAAAACCAAACUAGAUAAACGCGACGAUGCCCAGAACGAGCUGAAAUGCCACGGGACAAAGGAAGAAGGCGACCGUGAGAUUUCCAGCAGCCGGGACAGCCCCCCUGUGAGAGCCAAGAAGCCUCGCAAAGCGCGGACGGCCUUCUCCGACCAUCAGCUCAACCAGCUGGAGAGGAGCUUCGAGCGGCAGAAAUACCUGAGCGUCCAGGACCGCAUGGACUUGGCGGCGGCGCUCAACCUGACCGAUACCCAGGUCAAAACCUGGUACCAAAACCGGAGGACCAAGUGGAAGCGGCAGACGGCCGUGGGGCUGGAGCUGCUGGCCGAAGCCGGGAAUUAUUCGGCCCUGCAGAGGAUGUUCCCGUCGCCCUAUUUCUAUCACCCGAGCCUCCUGGGCAGCAUGGACAGCACCACGGCGGCCGCGGCCGCCGCGGCCAUGUACAGUAGCAUGUACCGGACUCCCCCAGCGCCUCACCCGCAGCUCCAGCGACCUUUGGUCCCCCGGGUACUGAUCCACGGCCUUGGACCCGGCGGGCAGCCGGCCCUCAACCCCUUGUCGAACCCCAUCCCGGGGACCCCGCACCCGCGGUGAAGGCGCCCCCCCGAGCCUCCCUCUCCUCUCCCCCCCCCGCAAGUCUAUCCAACAGAUUCUUUCCUCCCAUCACUUCCCCCUCACUUAAAAAA